UGUUAAUAGUUAGUGUACUCAUUUAUGUUUAGAAAGCGUACCUUUCAGAUUAAGAAACAUUAUGAAUUAACAUAUUAAUAGGAAUGGGUGAGCCUGCAAGUAUGUCCUGAUUGUUGGACUUUUUGAGAUUAGUAGCCGUAUACAGUGUCAGUAGUAAACAGAAAUGCUGGUCGUGGUUAUAUCCCUGUUGCAUAUUCCUCAAAGAGAUUCGAUUACUAGAGGACACUAUCAAAACAACAUUGAUAUUGUAUAUUAUUUAAAAAAUGUAAAACUAUACAUUUUAAUAAUAUUUCUAUUUCUUAUAUUAUAUAUUUACUUAUUAUUUAUUAUUUAUUUUUUUACUAAUAAUGUUAGAUUUCUUCUUGAAAAAAAGAUUUUAUGCUGAAGCCUCUAAAUUUCUAUUUAAUUAGUAUAUAUUAUUUAAAAAAUGUAAAACUAUAUAUUUUAAUAAUAUUUUUAUUUUUUAUAUUGUAUAUCUACUUAUUAUUUAUUAUUUGUUUUUUUUAUUAAUAAUGUCAUGCUUCUUCUUGAAAAAAAGAUCUUACGCUAACGUGAACAUUCUACAAAGCUUCAAAAUUUAUAUUUUAUUAGUAUAUAUAAAAUUGGAGAUUACGAAGAUACUCGGCUAUAAAAACCUCCCGUCCGCGUCCACAUUGGUAACCCUAAUAUUCACUUUGUUUUUCUCUUUUCUUUUCUUUUCUUCAAGUCUCUCAAACCCCAACUUUCUUUCAGUCCAAAGCUAUGUACGAAACAACCCUGACCGAAGAUUCCACCUUAGGCUACACAGGGUGCUUCUGGGACUACAGAGAUUUACCAAUCCCUGAAACCCCUCAUGGUAUCAACCCUUCUCUUAUUCAUCUAAAGGUCUUAGAUGCUCUUGAGAGCAAACUACUGCUUGGUCAUUUGGCAAUCUGGUUUUUCGCUGAGAAACCAAUAAUACAAGAUAAUUUUGAAGAAGCUCAAUUAUUCUUCCCCGAAGGAGUUCCAAAAGAUGAAUCUGAGAGGGCUAAGAUGAUGAUUAAGGCGAUUCUUUUCUUUGCAUUGGACAAAGAUGGUUGCGGUGAUGAACAUAACAAUCUGGUGGUAGUCUCAAAUACCAUCUCACUAGAACCCGAGUUAGUCGGUGUUCUUAAGGCUUUGGAAUUCAGAAACCACAAUGUUCUCUUGGUACAAUCCGAUGAAGCAAACAAGGUCAAUAUUCCUACCUUAAGCCUUGAUGUGUUCUUCCAAAGCCUGCUAGAUGAUGAUGACGACGAUGACGAUGAUGAGAGUGAAGAAGAGAAAGAAGCUAUUGCAAAAUUGAAAGAAGUUAUUGCAGAAAAAAGAAGAGCUCUCGCAAAAAGGAAGAAUGCUCUAGAGAAAGAGAAAAAUGCUUUUAUAAGGGAAGAAGUUGCAAAAGCUACCACUGGAGUCUUCUGGGACGUGUCGGAUUUCCCAUUGCCUGAAGGUUUCUCUGUCCGGUCACUAUAUUUCACUAUCAAGUAUGCUAUUGCUGAGGAGAAUGAAGAUCAUUCGAGUGAGAUGUCAGUAUUCACUUACGGUAAAAGGAAGACAUUGCCGUCUGAAUAUUCUGUUGAAACCCCCUUUUCCCUAGGGGGAAAUAUGGUUUAUCGUGGUGCAUGGGAUAAAGCUGCUAGAGUUUAUAAGAUGAUGUGGGACAUUCUCAUAUGGGCAUUUGACAAUCGUGGGACUGGACGAAAUUUGGUGGUAUUCCUCUCUUCGGAAAACAAGGAGUUUGUCACUACUUUUGCCUACACCCAGUUUGUGGAUACUCUUCUCGAAUUGAAAGAGAGAGGUUACAAUGUACUCUUAGUACAACAUGAAACCGAGAGCGCAUCGGGAUACCUAAUUAGUUCUGUAAGCUCGAUAUGGCUUUGGACAAGUAUAUUACAUCACUUCAGUUCAGCAAAAGAUGUGGAGGUUUUGGGGAUGGAAAGAUUGAAGAUCGAGCUUCAGUCAAGGGGACUUAAAUGUGGAGGGACGCUGCAAGAGCGAGCUGAAAGGCUCUUCCUACUUAAAUCAACACCACUCGAUAUCCUCCCAAAGAAAUUUCUGGCCAAGAGAGGAGAAAUGAAAAGAGAAGAAAUGAAGAGAAAUAAAAUUCUGGCCAAGAGAGAAAGAACGAAAUGAAUGCAAGAAAUUUUGAAUGAUAAGCUCCCAAAGAAAUUUCUGGCCAAGAAAAAGAAUGAAGACAUGACUUUUGGAACUGUCCAAAGAAAUGAGAAGAAAAUAGCUCCUCUUCACAGCCAUUUUGUAUAUUUCUAUUUGAAUGUAAGUUAAAUUGAACUCAAAUCAAAGAACUUUUUUACAAUGAAUGUGACUUUGUUUGAUAAUGUGUAAGACCUACUAUUCUACUUUGCUAGAAAGAAACGUCUGGUUGCAAACCAAAGUUGCAUUGCCUUGUCAUAUUUCUUGUGAGCUUUCCCACGCUUAGAGUCGAUACGGUUACAAAUGUGCUUGUCGAGGUAUCUUGCUAUCAGAGAUGAGUCUGUGGGAUGCCACCGCCACUUUUGUAAAUCAAUAAUUUUUCAUAUACUUGGCUGAAUAAUAACUUUGUUGUAAAUAAUGAGCAACAGAUACUGUUAGUAUUGAGCAUAUUAGGCCCUUUAAUUGUUCUAGGCAUUUACGGGUUUGUUAUAGUCCAUGGACUUGCUAAAGAGUAGUAAAGACAGAUCUCACUGUGAAACCCUAGAGAAAACUAAGUUGAAUGCGGUACACGCAUAAAAUGGAAAAAUAAAAAAAAGGAAGAUGGAAAAAUUGUAAAGUUUACGUUUUAUUUCUUUUGCUGCCUAUAUAAAAGAAGUGGUUUUCAGCCAUAAUGAAGCAAUAAUUAAAUUUACAUUUCUUGCUGAAAGUACCGUCCUGGUCCCCUGGAGCAUAUAUUUAUUGAAAAAGAGAAGGGGUUGGUGGACCUAAAAUCUUCAGUUUAUGGUGAGCCAAUUACAGAGAGAACACAGUAAGAAAGAAGUGAUUGUUGGCAUUCUUGAUUCUUCGCAGACGACGAGUAUAGCUAAGUUGAUUUUUAAGAGAUCCAGAAACUGCACUGCAUGUUCAAUAUAUCACAAGACCUAGAGCUUAGGACGAGACACAUGAACGUUUUACGAUCGAUAUCUUCGCCUUCCGGACACUUUCCUAGAGAAACCCAUGUGAUAUCAUCUCCGAAGGUAUAUCUGAUUUGAAACAAGGCAGUUUUUAAGGUGGAAUGGUUGAGGGCAAAUAGAAACGGCAACCAGGUUUAUCCAUCCCAUCCCGUCCCGUACCGGGGCGAGUUCGUUUUCAAGUGGGUCAGGCCCGCGCGGGCUGCGGUCUCCGAAAUGACUAACCCAAUUUGCGGGUCGGCCCGCGGGAUGUCUGAUCUUUUAUUGU